AUGCACAUAUGUAUUAUAGGAGCUGGGCCCGCAGCGGCCUACUUUAUUAAAGAGUGUCUCAUCCGCUCUAGUGCAGCUACAUUCGAUGUGUUUGAGCAAAGCAGCAAGCUUCUUGGAAAUCUAAGAAAGGGAGUGGCUCCUGAUCAGCAUCGGAUCAGAGAGACCAUUCCAGCGCUGGAAAAGAUCUUUCUGUCGGAUCAAAGAGUAAGUCUGCAUAGAGGGAUGCACAUGGGAACAGACAUAUCUCUGAAAGAUGUGCAGAAGAAGUAUGAUGCAGUGGUUAUAGCCACUGGGGCCGAGCCAAAUACUAUUGCAGUCCCUGGGGCAGAGCAUAUAAUUAGAGCAGACCAAGUGAUGGAAUGGAUUUCAGAGAAUAGGCCUGUAAGUGCAAACGGAAGAAUUGCAGUGCUAGGCCACGGGAAUGUGGCUCUGGAUGUAGCUCGUGUGCUGCUCCAUGCCCAAAGAAUGGGAAGUUCUUCUUUAUCCGGAGUUCAAGUAGAGGAGGUUGAUGUAAUAGGAAGAAGCCCCCCUGACCUCUCCAAGUUUACAACUCCUGUGCUUGCAGAGUUUCUGUCGCACCCAACCAGUAUAAGCAUCUCUGAAAGAGUGUGCAGAUGGAUCAGAAAAGUAUCAUCCGCAGGCACUUUUCCCAGAGCAGUGGAAAGAAAGGCUCUUCUUCUAUCCAGCGGCAAAAAGCCCACUAGUAAAACUGCAAGAUUUAUUUUUUGGGAAGCCCCCACACAGGUAAAUAGAACAAAGACAGAAUGUGGAAAACGCAUGCUUUCUGAAGAGGAGCCGGCAGCAAGUGCGCUCUCAAAUGAAACUUUGAGAAUAACCAACCCCGGAUACAAGUACACCUUGACUACUGUGGACGACAGAGGGGUAGAAAGGAAAGCUGAAUACGACGGCAUAGUUUCUGCAGUUGGGUAUAAGCCACGACCACUUCAGGAUCUUCUAGAAGGUGUUACUGUACCUGUGUACAGAGUGGGAUGGGCUAGCACCGAAGGCCGUGGUACGCUAGCAGAUGCAUAUGUCUCCGCGAUUGAAACGGCAAGUGCACUGUUUCCUGACGGGGCAGCACAUGCAGGCCUAGAAUAG